AUGGCGAUCCCACCAGAUCCGAAACCCCACAAGCCCACGAUUUUCCAGUUCUUGCGACUUGGAUUCGCCGUGCUGACGUUUGCCACAGGGUGUCUGAACAUUGUGUUUUCACAGUUCGUGGUCAACAUCCUGUUUGCUGGCCAAGAAGACCUCCGGAUCCGGCUGAUUGGGUUCACCAAGAAGAACUUUGUCACCUUGAUCACGUUCAUCACGAAUCUCAGCUGUCCCACGCAAUUGCAGCUAUCAUUUGACGAAUCCACCAUCUCUGCCAGUCAGGUGCUUGCCAACGCCAACUCCGCGGCGCUCAAUCUAGACUCCAGCGCCAUCCUGAUCGCCAACCACCAGAUCUACUCGGACUGGGUGUUUCUGUGGUUUAUUUCGUACCUCAACAACUGUUCCGAGAACUUCUACAUCAUCAUGAAGAAGUCCCUUGAGAGUAUUCCUAUUUUGGGCUACGGAAUGAAGAAUUACGACUUUAUCUUUUUAAACCGCAAAUGGGACUUAGACAAGAGCUACAUGGUGAAACAGUUCACACAUCUUAGCGAUGUGGAAAAACAUUGGCUGCUGAUUUUCCCAGAAGGAACCAAUCUCAGUCCUAACACCAAGCCCAGAUCCGACGAGUACAUUCUCAAACAGAAACUCGACUUCAAGCUGGACCACGUUAUGCUGCCUAGGGUCAAAGGCUUGUAUCUGGCGUGUAAACACAUGCGCAAGAAGACGAAUCUUCUUUUGAACUUCACAAUGGCCUAUAGCGACCACGCUGCAGAGGAGUAUGCGCAGGAUAAGUUCACUCUGCGGUCGAUCUAUUUGCUGGGUAAGGGUCCUAAAUCCGCAAGCAUUCACGUGGACGCGAUCGAUAUCAGCUCGAUCGACGGCUGCACGUUUGACGAAAACGCCACGUUGGAAGAAGAACAGGAAGACAUGGAUCGGUUCGAAAUCUGGUUGAACAAGCUGUGGAUCCUUUCCUCUGUGGAAGUUGGUGCUCCGUUUUUAUUGAGACCGGUUUCAUAUGGUUCUUUCGUAGCAAACGAUGCUGAAGUGACAGGAACCCCGCUAGAAGUGACGCUUGUUCCCAGAGUUGUUGGUGUAGCAGCCGACGUGGACACCUCCUGUUCGGUAGCUCCGGUGGCCGAGCUUGAGCCAGACGUUUCCGUUGCGGUGGCAGUGUCGGUGGAAGUCUCGACAGUGGUUGUCUCGCAGCUGGAAGAGGAGGAGGAAGAAGAGGACGGAGCUGGUGCCGAACUGGUGACUGGAACUGACGAGGUCGAGAAGCUGGAGCUCGUCGACUCGGUGGUCCAGGUGGUUUCCGUGCUUGUGACCGGCGUCGACGAGGUCUCGCAGGAGGUGCUCGAGGAGCUCUCAGCAGUCGAGCUGGACGUUUCCGGAACCGACGAGGUCUCUGGUGUUGAGGAAGUCUCUGGCGUCGAGCUGGUGACAGGAACCGAGCUGGAGCUGGUCACGACAGUGCUGGUCUCGGUGGUUGUGCUGGAACUCGUUGGUGGACAGCUGGUCUCAGUGGUGGAGCUUGAGCUCGUGACAGGGGUCGAGCUGGUCAACGGAGUUGUGCUUGUCAAAGGAGUGGAGCUAGUGACUGGGGUUGAACUAGUGACUGGUGUGGAGCUUGUCACGGGAGUUGAGGUGGUUGGGCAGCUUUCUGUCGUGGAGCUGGAGCUGGUGACAGGAGUUGAGCUGGUCAGCGGCGUCGAACUAGUCACAGGAGUUGAACUGGUAAUUGGAGUGGAACUGGUGACCGGCGUCGACGUUGUUGAACAACUCUCUGUGGUGGAGCUUGAGCUGGUGACUGGCGUCGAACUCGUGAGAGGUGUCGAGCUAGUCACCGGCUUGGAGCUGGUCACCGGCGAUGAGGUUGUUGGUGGGCAGCUGGUUUCCGAUGUAGAGCUGGAACUAGUUAUUGGCUUCGAACUUGUAAGCGGAGUAGAGCUGGUCACUGGGGUAGAAGAAGUGACGGGGGUGGAAGAGGUGACCGGUUUGGAACUGGUCACUGGUGUGGAACUGGUGACAGGUUUAGAACUAGUAACUGGCUUGGAGCUAGUGACCGGGGUAGAACUUGUAACUGGUUUCGAGCUGGUGAUCGGUUUGGAACUGGUAACCGGAGUGGAGCUCGUGACCGGUUUUGAGCUGGUGACCGGUUUAGAACUUGUAACCGGGGUAGAGCUGGUGACCGGUUUGGAACUUGUGAUCGGUUUAGAGCUGGUGACUGGUUUGGAACUAGUAACUGGCUUGGAACUGGUAACAGGCGUGGAACUAGUAAUUGGCUUGGAGCUAGUCACCGGUUUGGAGCUGGUAAAUGGCUUAGAGCUGGUAAAUGGCUUAGAGCUAGUGAAUGGUUUAGAACUUGUAACCGGUUUAGAGCUGGUGACCGGUUUUGAGCUGGUAACUGGAGUGGAACUAGUGAUUGGCUUCGAACUGGUAACUGGCUUCGAACUGGUCACCGGAGUAGAGCUUGUGAAUGGCUUCGAGCUCGAAUGUGGUUUGGAGCUCGUUGGUGGCUCAGAGCUGGUGAACAGAAGAGCUGCGGGUGACGGUGGUGGAGAUGGUGACGGUGGUGGUUGUCUCUGUGGACGAAGUAACUGUGUCGCAGCUGGACGAGUUGGAGUAGGUGAAAGAGCUGGUGAUUGGCACAGAGGUGGUGAUGAUGGUAGUUGUCUCAAAGGUUGUGGUUUCGUCUUCACAAUCAGACUUUGUGGUGGUUGGUUCAUCAUCACAGUCGGACUUUGUGGACAAGAAGUCGUCAUCGUCGUCGUCAUCGUCGUGGUCCCAACCACGCUUUUCCAGAUAAUGGCUACCGUUAUGGUGUUUCGGAUGAUGGCGGGCUACUUCUGCCUCCUUAGCGUAGUCUGCGAUUUUUGCAACGUACGCAAGCCCUCCAGUGGCUUCCAAGGCUAG